AACGAUAUAACAUAAAUACAGGUAAAUUAACGAUAAUGUCAGGAUCUGUCACCGACAGUGAUGCAUGUGGCACGGAUUGUGAAAAAUGGAUCCCUCAGAUCGAUUCAACGAAUAAGAAUGAUUUUACUUGGAAACCUCAAUGGAAAAACUUUCGUAUCAAAAUAUGCUCCCAAGACAAAGUUUUGGAGAACCCUUCCGGGUACCUUGUUCCAAUAAAAAUGCAGUUUUUAAUGACACAUCAUUUCUCAACAGUACAGAAAAUUAUUCGCAAUUUGGAUAUUUCAACAAUUGAAAGCAUUAACUCGACAGAAGAACUUUUGGAAAUAAAGUUAAAGUCAGUAGAAGAUGAAGAUAUCUUAACUGAAAUUGAGAGAGCUUUAGCUAGAGUAACUGAUGAAAUUGUUAUGAAACCUAUUCAAAGACUCAAGUUUACAUCAAGCUUAGUUGAGGAGCUAUUUGAACAGAAAUUAAAGGAGAAAAGCAUCACACUUAUGCGAGACGAAACCAAUAUAUUCAUUGUAGGAUUUGAAAAGAUGAAGUCUUUCAUAUCUAAAAUUAUUGACGAGAUCCAUCGAGUUACUGCCAAAAAAGUAGUAAAACUGGAAGAUAAGUGGAAAACUGAAGCUGUAAAGUGUUUUGGGAUUGCUGAAACAAUCAGUAAAACAUUUACUGAUGUAGUCGUUCGACUACAGGAAGACAAUUCGAGUGUUUAUUUAAAAGGGAGAGAUAUCACGAUUAACAAAGCAGAAAAAGAAGUACACAAAUUGUUGUCAGAUUUGUUUAGCGAGACGUUACACUUUGACCCACUGACCCUGAAACUUUUGAAAUGUCAAGAAGCUUCCAAACUUUUCAAAGAAAUUCUUCAAAAGGAACAUCUUCAAGUCGUUUGGACAGUAGACAGUACUCAUCUCUACCUUUUUAGCAAAACAAAAAUCAACACAGAUGCCGUAAAGGCAAUUGUCUACGGAAACUUUUUGACAGCAGGGUUUUCCAAAUCAACUCCACCUGGAAACCAGUUUUGCAAAAGCGAUACCUUUUCUGAAAUGACAAAGAAUCAUAACAAUUAGUUAAUUUUUCUUGAUACAACCGAAGCAAGUGUAAACAUUGCUGGAACUAAGAGUCUUAUGUUGCAUCUUUAUCAGCAGGAGAAGUUAUUCUACAAUGAUAUAGAGGCUGCAAAAUGUGAUGAGCAGAAGAUAAUGUCGGUAGCAAAUGACAACUGUCUUAUGAGACCAUAUGAUAAUCCACAUGACUUGAUGCAGAGUGAAAGCCAACCAAAAUAUAAUGUGAUAUAUCCAUGUGAAACUAUGCCUAUGCCAGGACCAAGUUUUCAACAUCACCUUGGAGGUCACCAGAGUCAGCCAUAUGAACCAUGUUUAGCCCCUGGACUAGGAUCAGGAUAUCCUUAUCAUAAUCCACAUCAGCCACCACGAUACGUAGGACACCAAUCACAACUUGAUUUAAAGGAACCAACUUCUCGUCCAGACUUGCAGAAGCCACUGUAUCAUCCAGAUUUACAGAGACCACUGUCUCAUAUAGAUAUGGAAAGACUACCAUAUAAAUAUGAGAGGGAAAGCCAACCACAGUAUAACAUGAUAUAUCCAAGUGAAACUAUGCCCAUGCCAGGACCAAGUUUUCAUCCUGAAGGUCACCAGGGUCCGCCAUAUCGACCAUAUCUAGCCCCUGGACUAGGAUCAGGAUACCCUUAUAAUAAUCCACAUCAGCCACCACAAUAUGUAGGACACCAAUCACAACUUGAUUUACAGGAAUCAACUUCUAUUCCAUAUUUACAGAGACCACUGUCUAAUCCAGACAUGGAAAGACUACCAGGUAAACAUGAGAUGAAUUUCACCCUUAUAGAAGCGAGUCAACAGAGCAUCAAGAUGAUAAAAGUUUCUAACAUACCUGCUGGAUCCUCAGAAGAUUCCAUCAGAUUUUUCUUUGAAAACAAGGGAAAGUCUGGAGGUGGUGACAUUGAGGAUCUGGAUUAUGAUAUAGACAGUCAUUCUGCUAUCAUUACAUACGAGGAGGAGGACGUUGCUGAACGUGUUUUAAGUCGAAUGCCAUUGCUGUUUGAGAAGAAAAGGAUUGAUGUUGAAAUAUUUAUACCACGUUCGCCCACACCAGACGUAGAGGGAGAUAGACAAGCCUCAGGGAACGAAGACACAGGAGACAUGCCUACUGAGUUUGUUAUAGAAGUAACGGGAAUGAAGCCAACCACAUCUGGAGAUACCAUAAGAUUUUAUUUUGAAAGCCGCAAAGUUGCAAAUGCUGACGUUGUAAAGAUGGAAUUCAUCGAAGAGAAAGAAAUGUACCUGAUCUGGUUUGAGGAGGAAAGUGCCAUUGAAGCAGUAAUGAGUAAAACCCAUCGAGUUGAUGGACAGACACUGAAUGUAGAACGUUAUGUCCAACCAUCUCCAGCAAAAUAUGUUCCUACGUAUGAAGAUAAAGUGUUCAUAACAAAUAUCAGUCUUACAACCACUAAAGAAGGACUUGAAAAUUUUCUUGAAUUCAAAUCUAAAUGUAUUCCAGAAGAGAUUAUAUUUGGGGAGGCAGAAGGCACAGCAUUAGUUACAUUUGAACAACCACCAGAUAUGGAGAAGUUACAGACAGCAUGUAUGAAGAGACAACUGGAUGGCAGUCAUCUUAACAUAGACCCUGUUCCGAUAACAGACUGUAUAGUUGUCACUGGAUACAAAGACAAUACAUUGUCAGACACAAUGGAAUACUACUUUAACACUAAAAGGCGAUCAGGGGUCGAAGGUGUAAGAGAAGUGAAGUUAGUUCAGGAUGAAGGGAAAUUUCUGGUGUACUUCACUGAUCCUGAUAGUGCACUCCAGGUAUGUAACAGAGAACACAAAGUUGAAGGUCAAGUUCUAAAAGUACAGGUGUACUAUGAAUGUCUAAGACUAGUGAAGAUGGACCAAAAUUAAAAUAAGCAAAAAUGAAACACUGUAUUUUACUAAAACAUAUACGUCUGGCUGUAAAAGUAAAAUAUAUAUCUACACAACACAGUUUUCAUUUUUACAAAACCAAGCAGUACAUUAUGCUUUGGUUUGACCGAUUUGAAUUGAAGUAAAACAAAAAUAUACUUUAAUGAACUGAAGCAUGCAUGCAGUUGAUAUUUGAUUUAAAUUAAUACAAAUCAGAGUUACUGUUAUUAAUGAUAACAUGUAUUAGCUUGACAUUAAAUCAAAGUUACUGGUAUUAAUAAUUACAUGUAUUUGCUUGACAUUAUAAAAGGGAGACGAUUUGCAUUUUUGGUUCAAUUAAAUAGAGUAAUAUCCCAUUGUACACUGUAUUAACAUUUUGAACAUAAUUGAAUAUGUAGGUUACUCUUCAUCACAAUAAUUUUGUUUUUAUCUAUUGCUGGUAUUUUCCUUGUUUACAUUAUGAUCUCAAAUUUCUUUCAUUUCUCUUAUUAUAUUUUAUGUUUCUUUUCCAAAUUGACCAUGUUGGCACAGUAUUACUUAUUGUUCAACAAUUUUGAUGCAUUUAGAUUACAGCUUAAGAUUAAUGCAGACAAGGCAGAGGAAGUCAGAUAUUUCAGGUUUAAUUUGACAUUUAACACUAUUAGUACAGCAACUGACCUCGAAAAAGACGCUUAAUAAACGAGUUUGAUGUAACGGAAUAACACGCUGCUGGAAAUUGUUUUAAAUGAUAGAAUAAUAUCUAUAUUCUAAUUUUCGUCUGGUCGUAAAAAGUUUCUUUGGUCACAUUUUUGUAUUUUAGCCCGUUUAUGGGGUACCCCUCAAUUUAUAGUUUUGGGUAGUCACCUUAAAAUAAAAAAAAAAAAAUGUUUUGUUCAAUUUCAGGCUCUGUUCGUACAUAGUUUCGAGGCAAAUAUGAUCAAGGAUCAUCGGAAUGAUGAAGACAUAAAUAUAAUACCAUCCCCGAAUAACUCUUUAAAACUUAAACUUAGCAGUUUUUUUAGAAAGAAAUUUUUUGCAUUUUUCUUUGAAAACGAGAAAACAUAUAAUUCAAAAACAGUAUUUUACAUUUAAGAGGAAAACAUAUAUUAUUGUGAUACUGUAUGCACAUUUUGAUGGGCAAAUUCCAAAUAGUUUUGUUAAAAACUCAGAAAUAAAAACAUCACUUGUACCUAUUUUUGAUUACGGAAAUUUCCUAUCCGUCAAUCAGCUCCAUAAUUUAUAGUUACCAUCUAUCAAGUUCAGUUAUAGGUGGCACGGUAGUAUUUCCUGGCCCAUAAGGGAUAAUGAUAGCCUUUUUAGAAUUUUCACCACUUUCUAACACUGCUAAAAAUUCUACAUUCACAGUUAACUGAAGUACUUUCAUUUUACUAUUCAGAAAUGAAUUUGAAUAUGUAUCAUGACCGUUUACUUUUUUUGCUAUCUUUAAGAACCUAAGGCCACUAGUGCUUUUAGGUCUUUUAUCGUGCAGUGAAUACAAAAUUUAAAAAAAUUCUCAAAAAUUCAUUUUCAUCUGUAUGUAAAAUUAUUUCAUAUUUUUCUACACCUGAUUCAUCCCUCAGUUUGGGAAAGUAUGUUCAGUUGAUACUGUAUUUUUUGUCCAAUCAUAAUGUUCAGAUACAUUGACUUAAGUAGGGUACACAGAAGAGCAACCGAAAUUCUGGAAUGCAAAUACUACCGUGCUACCUUAACCAAGACAUUUCAAACUUGAAAUCAGUCAUGACACCUAUGAUGCAUAGCCUUCUUACUAUGUAACAUAUUACAAUAAAGAAUACUAGUCUGCACUUAUUUCUUACCAAAAAAAAAAUGAAAGAUUACACCCCUACCCCAGCUGGCAGAUUUUCAUUUUUUUAUCAUCUUACCAUUUUUACUUAAGGAGUGAACAAAAUCAAAAUAUAUGAUGUUUCAAAUCAACACAGAAGUCAAACAUGGUGAUUCAGGAGGAAUUAUUGGAUUGCCAACUCUAUUUAUAGUUAAUCUGACUGAAAGAAACAGUUUAAGCACCAAAUCAUGAAAAAUUAUAUUAAAGUCCAUUCCACAUUUUACAGCAUGCCUUACAUUACUUUAAGCAUUUCCAGAU